UCUCACGCAUAAAUAGCACACAGCUAACAACCAUCCAAACAAGGUGUUACUCUCAUUGCUUCUUCUCUAUGUACUUACAAAAUCUCCAUUAUCGAGGCGAGCAAUUUAUGGAAGAUGUGUUGAUGGAACAUGUGACGAAGAUGAAGAUUGGCACCGCGUGUGUUUGGCAGCGCCUAUUAAGGCGUUGCCGGAUUCGGAUAUUGACAAAUUUGUGCAAAUUCAUGUGGAUCACGCUCACAAAAUCUCAGAUAUGGAAGAAGACAAACAUGAUGAAGAAAAAAGAUAUCAAUACUCAUCCUGGAUUUGUGUGUGUGUGUGUGUUGGGGGUUUGGGGGAGGGGACGGGGAGUGGAGAGUGGAGAGAAGGCUUGGAUUGUGGUAAUCUAAGUGUAAUCUAAAGGUUUCACGCUUUUGUCCUCCUAGUGGAAGUCCAGGUUUUCAUCGUCAAAUAAAGCUGCUGAACUUCGGACUCGACUGGGGAAAGUGGCUAGCGGAAAAUAGAUUGGAUACAUUUUUUCUCUGUUCCAGUAGGUUAAAGCUCAAAUAUCACUGCAGGAGAGAUACUUAGCGAUCUAAAGCAAAAUGUUCAACUCGCUUGUUGAACUUUACCCUACCAUAAGGGUGUGUGGCUUAGUGGUUCAAUGAAGUUGGGUUGAGCACCAUGAGGCCUUGGGUUCAAUUUCCAGAGACGACACCAUGAGGUUUCAGGUUCAGUUCCCAACAGAGACAAACAUUAGGUGAUUUCUUCCCAUCUGUUCUAGCCUUGGUGGACAGAGUUACCUAUACCUGUUGCUGGUGGGAGGUGGCAGCCAUCCCGUGAAAUUAGUCGAGGUCUAGGGAGCAUUGUGAUAAUUUAUUGGGCUUCAUUAAAUCACGAAACUUCUUUAAGUAAAGAAAAUCACCUUCAAUGGAGCAUCGUACUAGUGCAACAAAUGGUCCUGUAAGAGCUAUGACUUACGCUGCACAUAGCUCUGGAAUUAUCUACAUAAGACAAGAAUCCCGUCUCAUCGUUGUGGUACCAAAUGUUUUGGGAAAUUAUGUCCUGAAUGGGAAUGCAACAGCACUGUUGGCUAAUGGAUUUAGAGUUUACCACGUUUCUAUUAUCCCAAGAAAUUUGUUUUCUUACUGGAUUCCAGCAGGAACGCUAACAAAUAGAUUGGCUCCUGUGGCUCAUCUUUCCAGUUUCUCUGUACCGUCAUUGCCUUUUUCAUGGAACUGGACUUCUCCUGUGAUAAAUCACCCCCUAAGAUUUGCGAGAGGGAACCUUGGACCCCGUUGGAUGCCACUGCCUCCUUCCAAUUUUCACAGGGGUAUGCUGGCCAUUCAAGGCCGGGUUGAAAAUGUUGAUACAGGAUUGAGCAGGGAAACCAUUCUUGCACGUAUGAGGUGCUUCAAGUAUCAGUUGACUGAAGGAUCUACAAGUGACAAAGAUACAUGUUCUAUUUGUUUGGACGACUUCUCUGAUGGACAGAACAUUGGAAGCACCAACUGCCAACACUCCUUUCACUUCGACUGCAUCAGCCAGUGGCUAAUGCAGAAGAACUCCUGCCCCCUGUGCAAAAGGAUUGCAUUGGCAAUUUAAGGGGAAUCCAAACUAGAAUUUAUUACUAUAAAAUCUGUAAAUAUCUUAAUGACUUCGCAUGCUAUGUUAAGAAAGUACUUUUCCUAAAAUGGAACUAGUUGAGUAGUGUGUAAAGGAGCAUGAACUCCUUACUGGACUUGUUUGUCUGUUGUAGGUUGAUUACCUGAUAAAUCUAAAUCAUCUAAUCUAGUGCAGCCUUAUCUUGAUUAAGGCAUCUUGUUGUUA